AACGCGUGGUUUGAACAAAAAAGUGGAAAUUUCUUCGAUUUUUGAACAUUUUCGCGAAUUUCAACACGAAAAAGGAUUCUAAAACCUUCUACAACACCACCGUAACCAACUCAAUCAUCUCUAGAGAGUACAGAAAUCUGCCGCCGAGAUCCGGGAGUCACGAAAAAAAAAACACGUGAGCCGCCUAGGUUUUGAUUGAAAUGCGCGAUAAUACUCCACCGCAUUCGCCGUACGUGCUUGAAGGAGCACCAGAGGAUGACGAGGACGAGCUAGUCUACGUUGGCGAUGCCGAUGAGGUUCUGGACGCGUGGGAAAACGAAGCAAACGAAGGAUAUGAAAAUGAGGAUGAUAUGGACGGGGAACUGAAUGCUGGCGAGGAAGGAGCUGCUGGUGGCCGAUCGAAGGGACGAGACGAUGCGAAGGUCACAUUCCGAAAGCACACAUCCUCCGUGUUUUGCGGAAAACUGCAUCCGACGCUCGAUCUGGCCGUUACGGGCGGAGAGGAUGAUAAGGCGUACGUGUGGAGUACGACGACCGGUGAGGUCGUGCACGAGAUCACCAACCACCGGGAUUCGGUGAUUUCGGUUGGCUUUAGCCACGAUGGGACGUUCGUCGCGACUGCCGAUAUGGCCGGCAACAUUCAGGUGUUGAAGGUGAGCCAAAACUAUCGCAAAGUUUGGGAGUUCAACAUGGGCGACACCUGCUGGAUGCGGUGGCACGAGGCCGCCCACAUUCUGCUGGCCGGUGCAGAGUCGGGCGAGGUGUACGUGUGGCGGAUACCGUCCGGUGACUGUAAGGUGCUGCAAGGACAUGGCAUCUCCUGCGAAACGGCCCAGCUGACGCACGAUGGCAAGAAGCUAGCCGUCGGUUACAGCGAUGGGCACUUUAAGCUGUGGGAUCUGAAGACAAACACGACGACGCUGGAGGUGACACCGGGAACGGCGGGUCUAUCGGCGAACAUCACUUCGCUGGCAGUGGACCGAGACAAUCAGCUGUUCGUGGCCGGAGGCGAGAAUGGUCGUGCCUGCGUCAUCGGAUCGAGCGGCGUAGUAGGCAUACUGGCUGGACAGGACGACAGUUCCAUCGAGGCGGUACUCGUCGAUUAUCCCGAGUUCGAGUUAAAGGUGGCGGCCACUGGUUCGCUGCAGGGAAAGGUCACUAUCUGGGAUGUGGCGCGACAGACGAAACGGGUCGAGUGUAGCGAUGAAGAACCGACGGGUAUCACCAACAUGGUGUGGCUGAAAGAUAACAUGAUUUGCGCCGGCACCCUCGGUGGACGGAUAAAGGCAUGGGAUCUGCGCAGUGGGGCGAUGCGUUUCGUGUUGGAGGGCCACGAGGAUGACGUGCACUCGAUCGUGUACCAUAAAGAGAAAAACGUUAUCCUCUCCACAUCCGAGGACGGGACGGCCAAGAUAUUUGAGGUGCCAGCCUAGCGUCAUGCCGCGGUUUAGGUUGGAUGGUUUUUGUUAAUAAAAUACCCCGUUGUACAGUAACCUCGA